UUUAUUGUUGUUAUCUCAUGGAAAAUUACAGGAUUCUGAACGCUUGGAGUUGAAGAAGUAACGUUGGACGAAAAGGCGCAAGUCAAAACUUUUUAAAAAGUGAGCUGACCUACUGAUAAUGCAAGAAGAAGAUGCUAGAUAUCUCAAGAGACGUGUCAAGGCAGGCACAAUUGAUGUUCACCCUACGGAAAAGGCAAUUGUUGUCCAUUAUGAAUUGGAAGCCACUAUUCUUGGUGAAAUGGGUGAUCCAAUGUUAGGAGAAAAGAAAGAAUGUCAAAAAAUAAUUCGCUUAAAGAGUUUGAACUCAACAUCGAAUAUUCAAGCCCUUGCACAGCAAAUUAUUGCAAAAUGUAAUCUAAUUCAUCCAUCAAAAUUACCAGAAGUUGAGCAGUUGCUUUAUUACCUGCAGAAACGUAAAGAUACAGCAGCUACAAGCACAGUCAACACAAAUCAAUCAUCCAGUUUACAAGAUCAGUUAGACUCGGCAGGAUUUGUUGGCCUAGCUCCCGACGAAGUUGCAAAUAUAAACGAUCUAGAUGAAUACAUGGAGCUUUUAUAUGAGGAUAUUCCAGAGAAAGUUCGGGGAACGGCAUUUAUAUUACAACUUUCAAGAAAUCCUGAUAAUAUGGAAGAAAUAGUUCAAAAUGAGACUGUACUCGGAGCGUUGGCGCGAGUUCUACGUGAAGAUUCUAAGAAAAGUACGGAGCUUGCGACAAAUAUUGUCUACACAUUUUUUUGCUUCUCUUCAUUCUCUGAUUUCCACGGUCUCAUAACACACCACAAGAUUGGGGCUAUGUGCAUGCAGAUUUUAGAUCAUGAAAUACGAAGAUUUGAUUCAUGGCAGGAAGAACUAGACAGAAAAAACAAAGCUGCAGAGAAUGACUCUAGUUUACGUAAAGAUUAUGAAAAAAGUUAUAAAAAGUUUGCCAAUCUGUUGAAGAAACAGGAUCAACUUUUGCGAGUGACCAUUUACUUGCUCCUCAAUUUAUCAGAAGACACGAAAGUGGAAGCUAAAAUGGUCAACAAGAAGAUCAUAAGUCAUCUGAUGAAAUUAUUGAAUCGUGAAAACUCUGAUUUACUUAUUCUUGUCGUAUCUUUCUUAAAGAAACUGAGUAUUUUUAUUGAGAACAAAAACGAAAUGGCAGAAAACAAUAUAAUUGUAAAAAUCGCCAAUCUUAUUCCCAGUCAAAAUGAUGAUCUUCUGAACAUCACUUUACGGCUUCUUCUCAAUCUUUCCUUUGACUCUCAACUACGUUCAACAGCUGUGAAAAAUGGUCUGGUGCCUAAACUUGUUGCACUUCUAGGGAACGAAAUUCAGUGUAUCGUUGUACUUUGUAUCUUAUAUCACAUCAGUACUGACGACAGAUACAAGUCAAUGUUUACUUAUACCGACUGUAUUCCUUUGAUCAUGAAAAUGCUCCUUGAAACAAAAGAUGAACGCCUCCCCCUGGAAUUGGUUGCGUUGGCCGUCAAUUUGGCGGCAAACAAACGUAAUGCACAAUUGAUAUGCGAGGGGUCUGGGCUGAGGCUACUCAUGAAGCGUGCAUUCAAGUUUAAAGAUCCUCUUUUGUUAAAAAUGGCUCGAAACAUCUCUCAACACGAUGGACCCACGAAAGAACAGUUCGUGCCGUUUAUCGCGGAUCUUGCCAAUGCAGCAAAGACGUUUACUGAUGAAGAGUUUGUUGUCGAAGCAGUUGGAAUUCUGGGUAAUAUUGCGGUAAAAGGCUUGGACUAUGCUCAACUAUUAACGAAAUAUGACAUGUUGUCCUACAUCAAAAGUAAACUUCAACACGGUGCUGCUGAAGAUGAUUUGGUCUUAGAAGUUAUUAUUUUGAUUGGAACAGUGUGUACAGAUGAUUCUUGUGCGUCUAUUUUAGCUGAAGAAAAUAUGCCUCAAAUACUCAUUGCCUUACUCAACGAAAAACAAGAAGAUGAUGAAGUCGUUUUACAGAUUGUUUACGUUUUCUAUCAAAUGAUAUUUCAUAAAGCUACUCGCCAGGUCAUCGUGAAACAAACUCAUGCGCCAGCAUAUUUAAUUGAUCUUAUGCACGAUAAGAAUGCCGAAAUAAGAAAAGUAUGUGAUCAAACUUUGGACAUAAUUAUGGAAUUUGACGAAGAAUGGGCGAAGAAAAUACAACUCGAAAAGUUUCGUUGGCAUAACUCCCAAUGGUUAGAAAUGCUUGAAGGUCAUCAUGAUGAUGAUGAUGACGUUGAACUAAUGAUGUACCCGGAUGAACCUACUUUUAUUGAUAAUAGUGACAUACUUGAUCGUCCAGAUUUAUUUUACGGUCAGCACGUUUACGGUGAUAUUGCUAAUCGAGAAAGUACAAGUACUCCCGAAAUGACAACGAGAGGUCCCGAACUAGGUUAUGAUAUUUACGAUGAUGACGUCAUUGUAGACGAACGUGAUUUUGUUGGCGCGUAUCCUACUAGUCCUGUCGAAACGUAUUCGGAUGGCAUAGCAAUUAAUGGGGAGGAAUGGGACCAAAUGCUGAAUACUCGACCCAGCAGUCGAUAUGGUCAGCUGCCAGUUAAUCGUCAUGGUUAUGUUGGUAUGGAGUACAACAAUAGGCCAGCAUCGAGACAUGGAUAUUUUCAGGAAUAUGGAUAUCGAUAAAGCAAAUGGAUUUCAGAUAAGUGAUGUUGUAUGAUGAUAGUGUAUAUUAUACCGUAGAUAAAUGUAAGUGAUGUCAGUUUAUUUUAGUGUCAAUUAAUGUAUGAACUAGUCAUAAAUGUAUGAAACAUGUUUAAGGUUGACUUAAAGUAUAAUUCAAUUCGGCAGAACUUGUUUAAAACUUUGCAGUAUUCUUGGAUACUGUAAUUUGUUUUAUGAGAAGCUUACCUGUAUACAAAAGAGAAAUUUUGAAAAGAAAAAAUCUUAUUCGGUCCAUACCUACUGAUACCAUUGAGCACUAGAGCAUCUCAUGAUAACAAUUCGGCUCCUGGCACGCUAUCUGACUGGGUAUACCAAAAGCAAGGUUCGGUCCAUCAGACCACCGGGGAGGUACUCAACGUGAACAUGACUUCAGAUAAGCUUGACGCUCAAAAAGAUCAAGGGAGAAAUCAAAAUGGCUGUGAUGAUGGAGAUGAGUAUCCUGAUUUAAUGCCUUUUCCUUUCGGCUACGCUGCGAGAAAUUUAAGAUUUCAGAAUGAAUUUGAGAUGUUGCAAACGCUUGGAAAAAGAAGGGUUUGCUUCACUUGUCAAGGUACGUAAUAAGUUGGAUGGCUGUCUCUAUGCUAUGCGAUCAAAAGCAUUCCUUUGAAUCCGAAAAGUGUGCUGUUUAAUCGGCUUACGAAAGUUGUGGUAUUAUUAAAGUCACGGCUUGGAGAUUAUGUUGGUCAGAUCAACAUACUUGGUGUAUCUAGAAGGUGCAGAGUUCUUUCAUGCAGUGGUGGUAUGUUUUUCAUUCGAUAUGCCACUCUGAUUGUAACAAACUAUUUAGAUAAAUGUAUGAAGGUUUUUCAAUAUGUAGCAAUUGGGAGUUGGCAAUUGAAUAUUGUAUAUUUUUGAAAGUGCUUCGAAUAAAUCUUAGAAAAAUUAA